GCGCCGUCGCGACGUUGGUGCAUGGGCUUGAAGGCAGUUGGCGGCCUUCCUGCUCACAAUUGUCCUCACGGCCUUGUCAUCCUCAUCAAUUGCGCCACCUGUGUCCUCGCCGCAGCCUCUGUCGAUGAACAUUCUGAUCGUGGAGGCGGAUGCUUGGUUUGAAGGCCAUCGCAGAGUCCGCGUGGCGAAAGGCGCAUCACUCGACGACAUCCACAGUGCGUUGUUCGAUCAACUACGUCUUUCAAGCAACGUCAUAUCGCCAAACCAAGCAACUCAUAUUGACAUGUCUAUCUCCAUGUUUAAUCCCUCGACCCAGUGUAUGGUGCCACUUCGUCACGGCGACCAAAUCCAGUCGCACACCCGAGUCUUCGUCGCACCAUCUCAAUCCACACCGCCGCCCGUAUUGGCCAUAGCGAGUCGUUCGUUCGGAUUGGCGUUUGAAAAGGGCGAGUUCCUCAUCCAUGGCACCCCGCUGUACAUCGGCGAAGUCGGCAACACUGGCAAGGGCACGGGAUUGACCAUUUGGGACGGAUCCGUAGUGCUUGCCAAGUACCUCGAACACGCUACCUCCUCGUUCGUUCAAAACGAAGACAGCGUUCGUGGCAAACGAGUUCUAGAACUGGGUGCUGGGACGGGUCUGGUGGGAUUGGCCGCCGCCGUGUGCGGCGCGUCGCACGUGACGCUCACAGACCUGGCCUACACAUUGGACAACCUGUCGGCAAAUGUGCGUGCGAAUGCUAGCUCGAUCGCCGCGACUUCGGUGGACGUGGCCGAGUUGGAUUGGUUCAAGGCGGCGCCUUUGUCCUUGACCGACAACGUCGACGUCGUCGUGGGGUCGGACAUCGUCUGGGUUGAAAGUCUCAUCGACGCAUUGGUUGCGACCAUCGCAAGUCUCUUGACAUGCGAUCAUGUAGCUGGCAGAAAGAAAUCCAUGUUGCUGGCCCAUCAGACGAGAAGCGCCGCGUCCGACACCCGUUUCUUCCGCCUCUUGGACGCGCACCACCUCGUCGUGACGAUGAUCCACCCGCCUGCAUCGAUCCUCCCACUUGACAAAGUGAUUCGGCUGUUUCGGAUUCAGCCCCCCCUCCCCCACGAACUCAUAACGUUAUAA